AUGGGUACUGAUGGUAGUGGUGGUAAGAACAAAGUCUGUGCCUACUCCCACAGCUCCAGACCAGGACGAGGCCCCACCAAAAAUGCCCUCCGCCUGAAGUUCAGAUCAUGUACUCCUACAGCUGCCUGCUGCCCUGGGAGGGCUUAUGGCCUCCGCUGCAGCCCCUCACCUACACCUACAUGCCCGCCCCUCUGCUGCCCCCCAUCCAGGCCCACAACUUCUGCAGCCGGCCCCCGAGCCUCAGCACUGGUGAGUGGGCGGCCCCGCGGGAGUUCCACUGCUUCUACAGCCCAAGCGCGCCCCUGCCAGCCGCGCUGCCCCUGUGGGCCUUCUCUCCGGCCUACGCCGCAGCCCUGCGCCCGCCGUUACCAGCGACCGGCUACGCAGGGCAGGUGCUGGAGUCGGCCGCGGCCGCAGGCAAGAGUUGGGCGCCGUGGGCGGACGGCGACAGCCUGCAGGCCGAGCUACGCUGGGGCCGCGUAGAACGCACGCUUGGCCAGGGCCGCGAGCUGCCCGACUCCGUGCGCCGGGAACUGCGGCGCGUGUACGGCACGUACCCGCGCACUGACGUGCGCGUCACCUAUCGCGGUGGCGAGUUCCUGCUGCAAGCUGCGCCGCGCGUCGGCGAGCCCGAGUACCGCGUCGAGAGGCGCGUACUGCGGCGGCACGCCAGCAGCGGCAGCAACUCGGCGGGCGACGGCCGCUCAGGCGGCGGAGACAGCAGCCGGGGCAGGGGAGGCGUGGAACGCGGCCGCCGGAAAAAGAGGAAAGGCCUGA